UUUGGUUUACGUGGUCUGACCGGCGUUAUUUGACGAACUUAAAAUUACACGGGACAGUCCUUGCAUCUUACGUGGUUAUAUCUGCAGUUAUCAGCUGCAGUCUUUGGAAAAAUGUGUUAUCUUGGCAGAAUGGCGAAGCUUGUACUUGUAUUCGCCGCAUUAACAACCGUCUUCGUACAGGCAGCCAUCGAUAUGGAGGUGGAAAACAAGGCUGUUGAUCGCACGAUAGAUCUCACUUCGCAGUUGGUGAAAAUCUCUUACAAAAUAACAUUGGAGCAUACAUCAAAGCAGCCAAUUAGCAGUUACCUUUUCGUCGUACCACAAGCCGAUCGUGAACGACUCGCUUACAUAUCUGUCAAAGAUUCUUCCAAGAAAGAACUUAAGUUAAUUGAAACGGUUACACCGAAAGGCGUAACUUUCAGUAUGGCACUUCCGGUCACUUCUGCCACUCCUGUUGUAUACAUCGAAACUGUUUUUACCAAGAGUCUAAAACCUUUCCCAUCAGCGAUAGGUCAAAACGAACGGCAACUGGUACAGUACUUUGGUAAUGUGUACUUCUACUCUCCAUAUAAAACUGUGUCUCAGAAGACGACCGUUCAUCUGAGUUCUCGAAACGUAGAAAAUUACACUCAAUUCAAGCCUAGUUCUCAUGCUGACACUACAAUCGUCUACGGACCAUAUGACAGUGUGCCUGCAUUUUCACAAGAGCCGAUGACCUUACACUUCGAAAAUUUUGCUCCGUUUUUGACCGUCACUCGCCUGUACCGCACGAUAGAGGUUUCACACUGGGGCAACAUUGCUGUGGAAGAAACCGUCGAUAUCCUACAUUCGGGUGCUGCACUGAAGGGCGCAUUUUCUCGCUAUGAUUACCAAAAGGAUACUCGUUCUAAUCAACCAAGUGUGAAAUCCUACAAAACCCUUCUACCUGCAUCAGCUUCAGGCGUCUACUACCGUGAUACUAAUGGAAAUAUCUCCACGUCCGCAAUGCGCGCUCUUAAGGAUGCAGUCGAGUUAGAUCUUCGUCCACGUUUUCCUCUUUUUGGUGGAUGGCGAACGCAUUACACGCUGGGUUACAACGUGCCGACCUUCGAAUACUUGUUCCAGAAUAAUGAUAACUUUCUUCUUAAGAUGCGCGUCAUCGAUCACAUCUUUGAUGAUAUGGCUAUUGACGAAGUGGUGAUCAAAAUAAUUUUACCGGAAGGGUCCUCUAACAUCAAACUAAUUGCUCCUUAUUCAGUCAAUCGGCAUGCUGAUUCACUGCACUAUACUUAUCUUGACACUUUCGGGCGCCCCGUCAUCACGUUUAGCAAGCGUAAUCUAGUCGAAAGUCAUAUUAAUGACUUUAACUUAAAGUACAAUUUCUCGUGGAUGAUGAUGCUACAAGAGCCGCUACUGGUGGUUGCUUUUCUCUACAUUCUUUUUGUUUUAGUCAUCAUCUGGAUGAGGAUGGACUUUUCCAUCAUCAAGGAAAAGGAAAAUCAUCUACACAAAGAUUAGAAAAUAGGUUGUGGUACAUUGGACAUACUUUUUCCUACUUCAUUUAUCAUUGUAAAAAAUCAAUUCAGCGAAUAGGUUGGUUUGUAGUUUUUCUCCUAACUACCUAACCAUUUUUGGGAAGUUAUAAUCCUUGAAUCGCUCUGCGUCACGUAUUGCUACAAUUCACCAAGAACUGGUAAUAUUUUUCCAUCCUAUUGUCACAUAAGUAAACUUCGAAAUGAUCGCUGAAUAAACUUUUUAUUAUCUCUCUUA